AUGGGCCAGGACCCUCUCCGCGUGGUCACGCACAUCGACCUUGAUUGCUUCUACUGCCAGGUCGAGACCGUGCGCCUGAGCAUUCCGCGGGACGCGCCGCUGGCCGUCCAGCAGUGGCAGGGCCUGAUCGCGGUCAAUUACCCAGCGCGCAAUGCGGGCGUCAAGCGGCACAUGCGCGUGCCCGACGCGCUGGCGGUGUGCCCCAACCUCAAGCUCGUGCACGUCGAGACCAUCUCCGGCGCCGCGGGCGGCGGGGACGACGAGCCGAGCCGCGCACACGACAGGAGCAUGGAGAAGGUCAGUCUGGAGCGGUACCGCGCGGCGUCGCGCGACGUGUUUGAUGUGUUGCACGAGCAGCUGCCCGGGUGCGUGAUCGAGAAGGCAAGCAUCGACGAGGCGUACGUGGACAUCACCGGCGCCGUUGAGCGCGAGAUCAAGGCGCGCGAGGGAGCGGGCGGCGGAGACGGCACGGACGGACUGGACGGCUUCUCCUGGGGCAGUCUCAUCGCGGGCGGCGGCACUCUGGACCCGUCGAAGGCGUUUGACCUGCGCCUGGCUGCAGGGGCCGCGGUGGUGUGCCGGGUGCGCGGCGCCGUCGCAAAGAAGCUCGGGUACACGUGCUCGGCGGGGAUCGCGCACAACAAGCUGCUCGCUAAGAUGGCGUCGUCGAUGCACAAGCCCAACGGGCAGACAAUAGUCCCCCCCCGCGUCGUGGAGGAGUUGAUGGCGGGUACGAAGAUCCGCAAGGUGCCGGGGUUCGGGGGCAAGCUCGGCGAGGCGCUGGAGGUUGGCGGGUGCGAGACGGCGGGCGAGGUCGCGGCGUUGCCUGCGGAGCGGCUGGCGGCGCUGGUGGGCGGCGCGGAGCGAGCGGCGUGGGUGGCGCGGGCGGUGCGCGGCGAGACGGACGACCCGGUGAAGGAGAAGGAGCGCCCGAAGAGCAUGCUCGCGGCGAAGAGCUUCACGUCCACGAGCGACGCGGGGGAGCUGCGGCGCUGGAUGGGCGUGCUGGUGCGGGAGCUGGCCAACCGAAUCGUCAAGGACCACGCGCGGUACGGGCGGUGGUCGCGCAACGUCGUGCUGCACGUGCGGUCGGGGUUCGGGAAGGAGGCGGCCGAGCUGUCGCGGUCCGCGGCGUUCCCGCGGUCGGUGCGGCCCGGGGCGGCGGAGGAGGCACUGGUGCCGGCGCUGACCGCGGCGACGGAGGGCCUCCUGCGGGCGUGCGCGCAGGCGUCGGCGGCGGGGACGAGCCUGCCCGUGGCGUGCACGCGGCUCGCGUUGUCGACGACGGAGUUCGCGGAGGCGCCCGUGGCGGCGCAGUCGAUCGCGAGGUUCUUCGCCGCGCGGGCGGACGCUGCAGGGGAGGGCGCGGCGCAGGGCGGGCGCGGAGGUGAUGGAGGCGGAGGCGCGAAGGAGGACGGGGCCGGGCCGGGAGACACUGGGCGCGGAGGUGGGGAGCCGGGGACUCCGUUGGAGGGAGGGGGUGCUGAGGGGGUUGUUAUGGGGAGCGCGAAUGGGGCGAAGGAGGCAGUGGAGGUGCGGGAGGUCGCGGCGGGGCUCGGUGUCGACUUGAGGGAGCAGCAGCGCAUAUUGGCGGACAUUGAGCACCGCCGGAAGAUCGAGGGCAUGUUGACGGCGGGGGGUGCGAAGAAGAGGGGCGUGGAGGUGGGCGGGGGGCGUGGAGGGGUGGGUGGGAGGAAGCGCGGGCGCGGGGCGGGGCGGGGCGGGCGUGGGGGCCAGCUGGGCAUACGUGGGAUGUUUCAGGCAGCGAAACCAGACUGA